AUGUCAAGCAUUGAUACUGUGCUGAGUGGGAACAGCAGCAAUACCAAUGUCGACAAAUACGCAGGGCAAAGUGCAAGCGCCUUCGCUGCUUCACUGGUUGUCUCCAUCAUCGUCUUCGCAGUUGAAGGUGGUCUUUUCGUUUUAAUUAAAGACCGUUUCUCGCGAAUAUAUCAACCUAGGACCUACCUCGUACCCGAACGCGAGAGAACGACGCCCACUCCCCCGGGGUGGUUCAAGUGGAUCAGCUCAGUGGUGCACACAUCAAAUUCUGAUUUCGUUGAGAAAUGCGGUCUGGAUGCCUACUUCUUCCUCCGCUACCUCCGAACUCUACUUAAAAUAUUCUUCCCCGCCGCCUUCGUGAUACUGCCGAUUCUAAUACCACUAAAUUUUGUUCACGGUAGAGGGGCUUCGUUUGCCUCGGGGAACGGUGAUGCCGCGGCCUCCAAUGUGACGGGAUUGGAUACGCUGGCGUGGGGAAACGUUCGGCCAACUCACACUUCGCGAUAUUGGGCCCACUGGAUACUUGCGCUGUUUCUGAUUUGCUAUGUCUGUUACGUGGCCUUUGACGAGCUGCGAGUUUACAUAAGGAUGCGGCAAGCAUACCUGACGUCCCCACAGCAUCGGUUGCGCGCAUCUGCAACUACGGUAUUGGUAAGCUCUAUACCGCGCAAAUGGUGCACAGUCGAGGCAUUAGAUGGGCUUUAUGAUGUAUUUCCUGGUGGAAUCCGCAACAUCUGGCUGAACCGGAACUUUGAUGAGUUAAGUGAAAAGAUUCGACGCCGAGAUAAACUUGCUUUGAAACUGGAAAGUGCCGAAACAGACCUGAUCAAGAAAUGUUUCAAGGCCAACGAGAAGAAGGUCGCCGCCGAAAACAAAAAGGCGGGCAAAAGAUUGACGAAGGAGGAGAAAUUAAAAAUCGAGGCUGCAAGAGACGAGAAGGGUGCUCAGAAUGCCACAGGACACGGUCUUUCUUCGGGAAACCCCCAUCAGGUACAGCACACCGUUCAAGAUGUAGUGGGUGGCACCCAUGAUUCAAACUCCGAAAGUGAGAGUGUCAGUGUCCACGAAGAUGCACAUCAGAAGACUAUUCUCCCAAUUCCGGUACUGGGUCAAGGAAUCCACGCUGUGACCCAAGGUAUUGAAAAAUUAGGCAAAGGAGUACUCGAUGGCUUGAAGCGAGCCGACAAGGAUUUGAACAAAACCAUUGAUACAACAAAUGGGUUUUUACCUCCUGACCAGGAGCCACGAUCCCUGAACAGGGAUGGCAGCAAGCAGGCUGAGACUCAUCUCGAUGGCGGCCAUCAAAAUGCUCACCAGCAUCGUCAUACACGAGGCCGCGGCAGAGGGCGCGAUUCUGCUGGACAUGUCCAAUCCCCGAACUCUUUGGCAGGCACAGAUGGAGAAUGGGAGAAUAUUGGUCACUCUGCUUAUAGCGAUGACGAGCAUCGACCCUUGGGUCAGCCGAGUCCAAUCACCCCAAAGAAACCCUCCAUGGCAGGCCCGGAAACACCAGAAUCGAAAUCGGAGGGCAAGCGGCAUGCGUUGAAGAGUGUUCUGGGUCUUUCAGCGAAGGACUCGGAGCCUGUGGGAUAUCGUUCCGCCUACAACGAGGAGCGGGAGAAAGACGCCGAGGACGCUGCAUGGAGGCAGUACGUUGAAGAAAAGGACCGAAAUACCAUGCGGCUACCCAUUUUUGGCUGGCAGUGGAUGUUUGCCCUGCCUUUGAUUGGGAAGAAAGUCGACACGAUUUACUAUUGUCGCAAGGAAGUCGCUCGGCUCAACCUAGAAAUUGAAGAAGACCAAGCAAAUCCUGACCGAUUUCCUCUGUUGAACUCAGCUUUCAUUCAAUUCAAUCAUCAGGUGGCUGCGCACAUGGCCUGUCAGAAUGUCAGUCACCACUUGCCAAAACAAAUGGCGCCCAGACUGGUCGAGAUCGAUCCAAAAGACGUCGUUUGGGAAAACAUGUCGAUUCCCUGGUGGCAGAGCUAUAUACGGACAGCAGCUGUUAUCUCUCUUGUGGCCGCCAUGAUCUUUUUGUGGGCUAUACCUGUGGCUUUCACUUCCGCCUUGUCACAACUGGCCACCCUGGCCCGGACAGUCACCUUCUUAGAAUUUCUGCUCAAAUUACCGACCUGGUUCAUAUCGGCACUGCAAGGUGUGCUUCCCGCAGUAUUCCUUGCCCUCCUUAUGUUUCUACUCCCCAUGAUCCUCAGAUUUCUGUCAAAAGUGCAAGGCACCCAGUCUGGUAUGCUCGUUGAGCUUUCGGUCCAGAAAUAUUACUUUUUCUUCCUUUUCGUCCAGCUCUUCUUGGUCGUAUCUGUUGCCGCGGCAGUCUCGACCAUCCUUGACCUGUUCACUGGAAGGGACUCAGUCACCAGUGUUCCGAAAAUACUGGCAACCAAUGUUCCGCGUGCGAGCAAUUAUUUCUUCUCCUACAUGCUUCUCCAGGCCUUGUCCGUGAGUGCUGGUGCUCUUGUACAGAUUGGUGGUUUGAUCAGCUGGUUUAUUCUUGCCCCUCUGUUCGAUAGCACGGCCAGGAGCAAGUUCAAACGCCAAACUCAAUUGUCGGAGAUACAAUGGGGCACUUUCUUCCCAGUGUACACCAAUCUGGCAUGUAUUGGACUGAUAUAUUCCGUCAUUUCGCCGUUGAUCCUGCUAUUCAACAUCAUUACAUUCUCCCUUUUCUGGUUUGUGUAUAGGUACAACACCCUCUAUGUCACCAGAUUUACUCGAGAUACGGGGGGCUUGUUGUACCCAAUCGCGAUCAACUACACCUUCGUCGGAGUAUAUGUCAUGGAAGUCGUGCUCAUUGGCAUGUUCUUCCUCGUCCGCGAUGAUCAGGACAAUGUUGCUUGUUAUGGUCAAGGAGUGGGCAUGGUUGUGAUCUUGAUCCUUACCGGCAUCUAUCAGAUCCUGCUCAACGAAGCUUUCAGUCCAUUGUUCAGAUACCUACCUAUCACUCUCGAAGAUGACGCUGUCCGACGGGAUGAGGAGUUUGCUCGCUCUGUACGCCAGAAGCAUGGUAUCAUCGAGGACGAGGUAGAUGGUGAGGAUCUGGAGGACGAGCUGGAGAGGCGUGAGCAGGGUUCUCGCGAAGAAGAUCGAGAAGUCGAGGAGUAUGAGUUGAGGCAGCUGGAGGCACGCAAGCACCGUAAGAGUCAGAAAGAACAUGAGCCCUACCAGUAUCAAAACCCUGAGGUGACGAUGGACCUCGAAAGGACCAGCAAAACGUGGCAAUUACUCACUGCAACGAGCCGAAAGGCGAACACUGCUGUUCAUAAACUACCCGGGCCCAUCCCGGGUCAGCGAAGCAGCUGGGCAGACCGCUCCCGUAACCGUCGCUCUUCGGUCUUUAGCAAGUCUAUCAGCCCUACCGCUGCGCAAUCGUCACGAUCAGAGUCUCCUUCUACGCAUCCCCGGAAACAUGAUAGCAAUCACGAUGGCGUGCGCCACAAGCUACCUGCUCGCAAUGCUUUCGACGUUGUGAACAAUUUCAAUCCCCUUCUUGGCAACGAAAAGGAUAUGGAAGCGCAGAAAGCUGCUCGAAAUCAACUUUCAGAAGCACUCUUUGCUGGCAUCCAUGAAGAACUAGAAGACUUGACACCCGAGCAGAGAGAUGUUCUUGUGCAAAGAGCUUUUCAACAUACUGCACUGCGAGCGAGAAGGCCUGUGAUUUGGCUGCCGAGAGACGACCUUGGUGUGAGUGAUGACGAGGUUAGACGCAUGGCAGAUUUCAGCCGGAACAUCUGGGUCAGCAACAUCAGACAAGGUCUGGAUAGCAAAGGGCGGUGUGUGUAUAGUGGUGCUCCUCCGGACUUUUCCGAGGUAGAUCUCAUCCGGCUGUAA